AGACAAUUUUAGAACUGUCAAUUAUGUAAACAUAACCUAAAAAGUCAUUCAAAAAAAAAAAAUUUUAAAUCUCAUAUUUCCGUCAAUUUCCACCCAAUUUAGACAAAUACCCCAUCAAAAUUAAUCUAAACACCUAAUAAAAUCACAAGUUAAUUUAUUUUCAAGCAAUCGUAACCUCAAAAUCUCGAAAAAAAUGAAGAAAAUCAACCUAAUUUCGCGACGUUUAAUCUCACAAAGCACCAAAUCACCAAUAACGGGUGUUUCGAAGAUACAACCGGUCGAUUUGGCUUACGCUUCAUACGAAUCGACGAAUCUUGGUUAUGGACCACCGCCUCUCGUAAUAAUGCAUGGUUUGUUAGGAUCGAAAGGAAAUUGGAACAGUUUAUGUAAGAUAAUCCAUAAGAAAACGUCCCCACAACGUAAAGUGGUUGCGGUGGAUGCUCGAAAUCACGGUGAUAGCCCCCAUAGCCCCGAACAUACUUACGAGCAUCUUACACAAGAUGUUCGGAAGUUAUUACAAACGUUAAAAAUUGGGAAAGCUUCGUUGUUGGGGCAUUCCAUGGGUGGAAGGACUAUGAUGUUGUUCGCAUUAACUUAUCCAAAAUUGGUUGAUAAAUUAAUCGUAGCCGAUAUAUCACCAGUUAGAACUAGCCCCAAUUUAAAAACGAUGCCUUCUUUAUUUGAUGCUUUAAGUAAAGUUAAAUUACCGGUUAAUGUCCCAAUUUCAAGUGCUCGAGUAACAGCUGAUCAACAAUUACUUAAAGUAGUUAAUAAUAAAGGAAUGAGAUCAUUUUUAUUAACAAAUUUAGUACAAAAAGGAGAUGGAAGCUUUAAAUGGAGAAUGAAUUUGGACGCUUUAAUGGCGAAUUUUAAUGAAAUUGCCAUGUUUCCGGAAGUCUUAAACAGUACGUUUCAAGGUCCCGUUUUAUUUAUUGGGGGAACUGCUUCCGAUUUUAUACGAAAAAGUGAUCAUCCGCAAAUUUUGAAAUUAUUUCCCAAUGCUGAAUUUUAUUACAUUGAAGGAGCUGGACAUUGGGUUCAUAGCGAAAAACCAACCGAAUUUUUACAACUUUGUUUAGAAUUUUUAAAUAAAUAAUUUAGUGAAAUUGUAAA